UCACAAUUGUUCUUGUCCCCAACGCCUAAGGCGUGCAUCCGUCUUUGUAUUUGCUGCAUUGCAAUUUUGCAGCUCACGAACGAGUGAAACAAACAUAGUACGCGAAUGAUUAACUUGGCAAAAAUGUCAGGGUGCAAAAUGCACAAAGAUUUAAUGACAAAAAGGAUUCAUAAUCGGGGCAUACGGUUGAAGCAUGAGUUGUAGCAGAUAUUCUGCCCUUAGAUUUCAGUUUUGGUUCUCUCUGUCUGAAAAAUGUCUAUAGUAAUUAACCAUUUUUUAGUAAUGUAAAAAAAUAUUCUAAACAUAUUUGAAACCAUCGUCCUGAGGAACAGAUAUGAAUUGUUUUGAUCUGUAUACUAUAUGGAUGUAAUAAAGUAAGAAAUAUCCGAGAAGUAUUUAUCAAAGUUCCACAACAUCAUCAUCACUAAUUUGUACUGCCUUGCUGAUGUAACCUUCUCACUCGGCUAUGGCCUUUUUAAGUACUUUCUACGUCCCAAAAUAAGUGAUUCAAUUUUUAUACUAACUUUAAUAUGAAAUAGAGUCAUUUUUAAUCACUUAUAUUGGGAUGGAGGGAGUACUGAAUAUUUAGGUGGGAUGCUUUCUCCCGGUGAUUGUUAAAAAAAAAAACUAAUUUGUACCAUGCUCUCGAAGGAAAAGAAUAAAAAAAAACUUGGGUACUUGCAAAUUCCAAUGCUGGCAACGUGUAUGCUCGAGCAAAAGCUGCAGAGCAACCCAAACCAUGUAGGGUAGUCAAAGGGCCAAAGUGAAAAAUGUCCCAUUUGAAAAAUGCUGCUCUUGUGUCCCCCGACGAGGCGACGCCAUCGUGUUGAACGGCGACCAAAUCUCGUGCGUGCCGGGAAAAGUAUACGACAAAACAUGUGACAAGGCCGCCUCCUGCUCCUUCUCCGUUUCUUCUUCCUUCCCGAGAUCCAGCGCCCCACCACGCCGCCGUUGGAGGUUUCUCCGGCUUGCUGUUGUAGGAGGGAGGGAGGGAGAAAGCAGAGCAUGGGGCUGCGGGGCGCAGAGCCGGCAGCGCCCAGCGGCAGCGGCAUGCUCACCCUGCCGGGAUUCUUCGGCCGGCAGAGCAAGUACGUGCGCAUGGACGAGGCCACGCCGCCGCCGGAGCACGAGGAGGAAGGCGUCCGUGCCGGCCGUAGCCGGAGCAGCACCAGAUACGUCUUCGCCUGCUCCGUCUUCGCCUCCCUCAACUCCGUGCUCCUCGGAUACGAUGUUGGAGUAAUGAGUGGGUGCAUUUUGUUCAUCCAGAGGGACCUCCGCAUCACGGAGGUGCAGCAGGAGGUGCUCGUCGGCUGCCUCAGCUUCGUCUCCCUCCUCGGCAGCCUCGCCGGGGGGCGGACCGCCGACGCCCUCGGCCGGAAGCGCACCAUCGGCCUCGCCGCCGCGGUCUUCCAGGCCGGGGCCCUCGUCAUGACGCUCGCGCCGUCCUUCCGCGUGCUCAUGGCCGGCAGGCUGCUGGCCGGCAUCGGCAUCGGCUUCGGCGUCAUGAUCGCGCCCGUCUACAUCGCCGAGAUCUCCCCCGCCGCGUCCCGGGGCUCCUUCACCUCCUUCCCGGAGAUCUUCAUCAACCUCGGCAUCCUCCUCGGCUACAUCUCCAACUACGUCUUCUCGGGUCUGCCCGAUCAUCUCGGCUGGCGCGUCAUGCUCGCCGUCGGCAUCGUACCGUCGGUGUCCAUCGUCUUCGCGCUCCUCGUCAUCCCGGAGUCGCCCAGGUGGCUGGUGGUGCAGGACAGGGCCGCCGAGGCGCGUGAGGUGCUUCUCAGGGUCACCGACAGCGAGGAGGAGGCCGACGAGAGGCUCGCGGAGAUCGAGGCGGCCGCGGCGAGCGCUGCCAGCUCCGGCGAGACGGUGUGGCGGGAGCUCACGAGGCCCUCCCCGACGAUCCGCCGGAUGCUGGUCACCGGGCUGGGCAUCCAGUGCUUCCAGCAGAUCACCGGCAUCGACGCGCUGGUGUACUACAGCCCCACCAUCUUCAGAAACGCCGGGGUCACCACCGAGAGCCAGCUGCUGCUCGCCACAGUGGCCGUCGGCUUCUUCAAGACGGCGUUCAUCGCGCUGGCCAUCGUGCUCAUCGACCGCGUCGGCCGGAAGCCGCUGCUGUACGUCAGCACGGUCGGCAUGACCGUCUGCCUCGUAGUCCUGGCAUCGACGCUCUGGCUGCUCGCGCACGGGGCGGUGCCCAAGGCCCUCGGCGUGGCCGUCGCCGUCCUGGCGGUCUGCGGCGACGUCGCCUUCUUCUCGGUGGGGAUCGGGCCAGUGUGCUGGGUGACGAGCUCGGAGAUCUUCCCACUGCGGCUGCGGUCGCAGGCGGCGGCGCUCGGCGCGGCGGUGAACCGGGUGACCAGCGGCACCGUGGCCAUGUCGUUCCUGUCCGUCUCCCGCGCCAUGUCCGUCGCCGGCGCGUUCUCGGCGUUCGCGGCCAUCUCCGCGUUGUCGGUCGUGUUCGUGCACAGGUUCGUUCCGGAGACGAAAGGCAAGACGCUGGAAGAGAUCGAGCUGCUCUUCAGCGGCGGCGAUGGUGGCGAGGUAGUGAGUCCAGGGGAGGUGGAGCUCGGCGACGCGGAGCAUCUGGUGCAGAAGGGAUGAGACGGUCGCUUCCCGUGGUCUCUCAGUCCUCUGAUGGUUCAGUUUGGAACUGUCGCAUACUCGCAUCUGAAUGUUUAGUUUCAGAAUGUGCAUUUGAUUCAUUUGUUUACUUGUCAUUUAGGACAGAAAUUAUACACAGUAAAAGGCUCGUGGCUUCAAACUUUAAGUUUCAGAACACAAACCAUUAGCAGUUAGGGCAGAAAUGAGAUGCUUCAUGUAUCACAGGAGAUGAGGCAGCAGCAAUAUGAUGUUUCUGCAUGACACUGAAAAUUAUGCAUUGCCAUUUGUCAACUUCAGCAGUAGCAUUCGUACAUGAUU